CAGUUCCUCCUCCUGCCCCUCUUCACUGCCCUGGCUCUCUCUGAAAGCAGCUCAGUAGAAUUCACAGGGGUGCCUCGCUGUGGGGCUUCCCUGCAUGAGCCCAACAAAGCCCUGAGGAUUGAACUCAAUGCAAAUGCAAACUGCACCUGGCAAAUCCAGAGGAAUGCAAAUCAAACAAUUAGGAUUGUUUUCUCCCAUUUUAAAUUUGCUCCUUCUUCAAGCUGUGAAACAGAGAGCAUCAAAGUGUUUGAUGGUGCCUCCACUGCUUCAGCUCUCCUUGGCCAAGUGUGUGAUGGCACAGAUGCAGUCCCAGUGCUUGAAUCCUCCUCUGACAGUUUAACUUUUCUCAUUACAACCAACUCUGUGCCUUUCACAAGAAACUUCUUCGUCUACUACUACUUCUUUUCACCAGGAUCAAGAACUGAAAAUUGUGGGGGAGAAUUAACUGGUCCCAAUGGGACAUUCAGCAGCCCCAACUACCCAGCGCCUUACCCUCAAUUCAAAUACUGUGUCUGGCACAUACAAGCACCAAAAAACUCCAAGAUAAACUUGGAGUUCCAAGACUUUUUCCUGGAAUUGGACAGAAACUGCCAGCUUGACUUCACAGCAGUCUAUGAUGGGGCCAGCACUGCCUCUGGGUUGUUGGGGAAAGUGUGUGGGCAUGCCCAGCCCACCUUUGAGUCUUCUUCCAACGCGCUGACCGUUGUGCUGUCCACAGAUGACACCAACUCCUACAGAGGAUUUUCAGCUCAGUAUUCCACUGCUCCCCUGCCAGGACCCAUGGAGCCCAACACAACCCUUACAUGCUCCUCAGACAGCAUGAGAAUUGUUCUGAGCAAGCCUUACCUGGCCUCCCUUGGCUUUGGGGAAGCUCACCUGCAGCUGAAUGAUCCAUCUUGCAGACCAGUUGUGACAGAUUCAGUGAUCUUCUCCUUCCCAUUGGCCAGCUGUGGGACAAUUAAAAAGGAUGAAGGGCACAGCAUCACUUACACCAACACCAUCUCCCUGGCUGCAGCUGGCAGCACCAUCACCCGCCAGAGGAGCGCCGAGAUCACUGCACAGUGCACCAUGAGCAACAAUGAAACCCUGGAGCUCAUCUACACCACAACAAACAAUGCCAUCCAAAAGCUGGCUGCAGGGGGGAGGUACAACGUCAGCAUGGCCUUCUACGAGUCAGAUCUGUUCUCCAAGCCCGUGCAAUACUCCCCAUACUACGUGGACUUGAACCAAACUCUCUUUGCUGAGGUGACUCUUCACUCCACUGAUCCAAAUCUCCAGGUGUUCAUUGAUACCUGCACUGCAUCUCCAGAGCCUGGCUUUGGAUCACUGACAUACGACCUAAUCAGGAGUGGCUGCAAUAAAGAUGACACUGUGGUAACCUACCCAGCGUUUGAAAACCAUGGAAGAUUCAAAUUUAGGGCCUUCAGGUUCCUGAGGAGCUUCCCAUCAGUUUAUCUGCAGUGUGACAUUGUCAUCUGUGACAGCAACAGCACCAACUCUCGCUGUGCCAGAGGCUGCAUCUCCAGGCACAAAAGAGCCAUCUCUCCCUACACAUGGAAAACCAACACUGUGGUGGGGCCCAUCCGCCUGAAGAGAGAUCCCAGGGCUGCUGAGCUCUCAGAAUACCUCACUGAAGUGGAAGCUGAAAAAACACCAAACCUGCAGCAAUACAACUUCCACACUCUGGCAUUUGUGGUUUUAAUUUCAAACAUUCUCAUUGUGGUAGCUGUGAUACUGAAGCAUCACAAGCACCAGGGAGGAUACAGGUAUCAAAAUGUCCAGAGCUCAUUGUAA